AUGGACGACUUAUUGAGUACCCCUAUUGUCGCCGUUCUGGGUCCGCCGCCUGCAUCUGUAAAUCUUGAAGAUAACCGUACCUGGAAGGAUAAUGCCAUUGUCGUUGCAAUCUCCGCGGUUGCAGUGCUCAGCGUGGCUGUCAGGUUUAUCGUGCGGUUCAGAAGUCAUAAUGCAAGACCAUUUAUGGAUGAAUGGCUGGCUGCGGUGAGCUUGGUCCCCAUGCUUGCUCUACUCGCUUCUGCGCUGGUCGCAGGACAUCACGGCUUGGGCAAGCAUGUCUGGUUGCUGGAAAUUGGGGUGAUGGUUAAAUUGAAAAAGAUUCUCUUCUCAUACCUCUUCAUCUACCUCUUCGAACUCUUCUUAAUCAAGCUCUGCAUUCUCAGUUUCUACCGGCGAAUCUUCGGACGGAGAACCACCAUCUGGAUCUGCCUUCUCUUGACAGUUUGCUGGACCCUGGGCAGUAUGAUUGCGCUUUUGACCAGCUGUGCUCCCGUCUCUUAUUUCUGGACUUCCACAUAUGAUCUCCACAGCGGACAUUUCCGCUAUGACUUUUACGACUAUUACAUUGGAAAUGCGGCCACCAAUGUACUCAUCGAUCUGUUGAUUCUGCUCAUUCCGAUUCCAGUGGUCUGGAAGUUGAAGAUGCGUAUCACCCAGAAGCUGAUGAUUACCGGUGUCUUUUUCAUCGGCGUAUUUGUCUGCGUGGCCAGCAUCGUACGACUCCACUACCUGACGUACCUCAAAAACACCGUCGACAUAACAUGGUACAUGAGCGACGUCUACGUCUGGUCCACAGUCGAGCCCUGUCUCGGCAUAAUCUGCGCAUGUCUACCCGCCCUGCAGCCCCUGGUGCGAUCCUUCAUGAAAGCAGAACACAUGCUGUAUCUUCGCAAUCGAGUCCGACACAGCAAACAAGUGAAGCAGUUCCGAACACGCAUCAGCAACAACAGCAGUAAGAGCUUCAGUCGCAGUCGGAGCCAGACGAGCGAUUCGCUCGAGGAUAAGCCCGAGUUGGGCUUUCGGUCAAAUGAUGACGAGGUGCAUCUGACCUCGUGCGUGGCUCAGGCUGAGUCGGAGCGGUGUCGGAGGGAAAGGGAGAACUUGGAGGAGUUUCUGGGGCCGAUGUUUAUUCGGGUCGAGCAUGAGGUCGAGUGGACGGUUGAUCGGUCGUGA